AUGGUUGCGGCAAAGCCCGGGACGAACUACAUGUGCUGCCACGCCGCUGCGGCACGGGUGUUGUCGAGGAAGACGCCCAUCGUGAUUGCGCUUCUGCUGCUGUUAUGCAGUCUCAUCGUCACCUUCCACUACGACACCCUCGACCAACAAUGGCAGAACUUGAACCUGAUACCCGCCCUCAGGGCCGCCAAGCAGCCGCCCAUCGCUGAUGGCAUCCCACUCCGCGUCCUGUUCAUGGGCGCAUCUGUUACACGCGGUGACGUCUCGACCGGCAACCUCGGCUACCGCGCGCCGCUGCACGACAAGAUGACCGCCGUCGGCAAUCCCGUCAACUUCGUCGGCUCGGUGCGCCUGGGCAACUUCCCGGACAAUGACCUUGAGGCCUUCCCCGGGAACCGCGUCGACCAGAUCUACGUGCGGGCGUUGCAGAUCGUGCCGAAGACCAAGCCGAACCUGUUCGUGCUGCACGUCGGUUCGAACGAUUGCCUGCAGGGGUGGGACACGGCAAAUUUCGAAUGGCGCGUGCGCGAGCUGGUCGAGUACCUGUUGAAAGAGUCGCCACGCGGGACGGUUAUCAUGUCGACGCUGCUGACGAACACGGUCGCCGGCAAGGAGGCCUGCAUCCUGGACGUGAACAUCCAGAUGAGGCGGCUGGCGUCGGCGCUGCAGCGCGAGGGCAGGCCCGUGGUCAUGGCCGAGAUGCACUGCGAGCAGGGGCUGCCGGACCGGCCGCAGCCGCACCACAUCUCGCCCGACGGCACGCAUCCCUUUGACGAGGGCUACGGCAUGAUGACUGAGAUCUUCUGGAAGGCCAUACUGGAGGCGGACGAGAGGGGCUUCUUCCAGGAGCCCGAGGACAAUGGGGUGCCGCUGGAUGGAAACGCGGAGAGGGAAGCUGAAGAGCACCUGCGAGUGGCAGACGACCUUGUGCGAGAGGCGAAGGGCGCAUAG